CCUCAAUCUCUCGCUCUCGCUCUCCCGUGUGAGGAUUUAACACAAUGCAACGCUGGCGGCCUCAGUUGAGCCCGGGACUGUAGCAGAGAGUGCAGCCACAGCAUGGAUGUCAAACUGCUGCCGCUGAUGCUUCUGUUGGCCGUGAUCACACAUGGACCCAUCAGCACCGCAAAGCCUAUCAGUCUGGUGGAGCGGUGCUGGUGUCGUUCCACCCUCAACACGGUUCCUCAGCGCUCCAUCAAAGAGCUCAAGUUCCUGCACACGCCCAACUGCCCCUUCCAAGUCAUUGCCAAGCUGAAGAACAACCGGGAAGUUUGCAUCAACCCUGAAACCAAGUGGCUGCAGCAGUACUUGAAGAACGCCAUUAACAAGGUGAAGAAGUCCAGAAGGCGUAACAAGAAGAACUAAGUCCGAGGGAUGUUUUCUACCAGGUCAAGCAACCUGGGGUCCAACCUGUGUACCUCUCUACCACUGCUAUGGAUGUAUGUAAACACGCUGUAUGUACCCGUCCACUUCUCUGGACCGCUUGCACAACCAGCACUUCCACGCCAAUCUGUGCCACAACCCGACAUGGAUCCUUCUGGACUUCCACUGACUCGUCCCCCACGCUCCAUGGUGGCACCAAGUGCAAUUAAAGCCUGGCUUGGGAUAACGGACACAUCAUGAUGUUUAUUGUGUCUUAGUGAGUGCUAGGUCAACGUGUGUGUGUGUGUGUGUGUGUGUGU